AUGAGUGUGCCCGGGCUCAGUUGGAGGCUAAAAAAUAUUGGCGUGCAGCUCAGAUGUCCACGCGCGGUUCCAUGCGGUGCGUAUUGGAUUGGCGCCGUUGCAAGGGUUGCUCAUGACAAUCAAUGGGACGACAACUUGGCGACCAUCAGCACUCCGCAAGGCCCGCCAAAAGUCUCCACCGCUUCUGUCACGGGAAGUUGGAAUGCGUCCCAUACGGCAGAGACAAUCGAAAGAUCAUGCAAAUUCAUGACGUGCCAGAGGGGGAUUAGAGCUGUUACUCGGCACACGGGGGCCCAAGUGGGGAAUCCGUGGGAGGCGGGGAUUUGCACGGAGGAUCGCAGUCGCACCAUUUGGCGGCGUAUUGAAAUGCAUGAUGGACGCAACGCCUGGCCACAGCUCCUGGAUGCGUCUUGGGUCACCUUUGCGACGCCGGCCGCGCCAGGUCCCGUCAUGCAGACAGCCGUGAGGAGAACGGUGCGUCCUGGGCGUGCGCCAUCCGCGAGGAAGAGAUGCUUACGGAAUCGUGCCAGUUUUCAGGGCGACCGCGUACACUCAGUCACAUGGAUCCUCCGGACAUUGAAUAACGAUGCUGGAGCGCGGGUCCAGGACAUUCAGCGUGCUGUCGAAGUGCCCAGAAAUGGGGCUGCCCAUUCCCCCAGGCAUUUCAGAGAGCAAAGAAGGAGCAUGCAGCGCCCCCGCCCAAUGAAGCACGAUGCCGCAAACGUGAUUGGACUGGACAAUGCAACACGACGUGCCGAGUGA